AUGAAGAACCCAGUCGUGACGAGUUGGACCGAGUCGACUCGGAAUCUCUUCAAACCAGUCAUCGUUUUAGUCAUCACUUUCGCUGCCACCGUCAAACUAUCUCAGUCUCUCUAUCGCUACAACCUCCGCCGCCGCUCAAGAGCUCGCUCCGGAACGAUGUCGUCGUCUUCUUCAUCUGACAACGGCACCGGCGUCCAAGCUCGUAGGCGCAGUCGUAUUCUCUCCAGCAAGCUCUACUUCGACAUCCCCAACUCCAAGGUGCCGUUGAUUUAUUCGUCUGCAUACGAUAUUACUUUUCUUGGCAUCGAGAAGCUGCACCCGUUUGAUUCGAGUAAGUGGGGUCGGAUAUGUGGGUUUCUGUUGGUGGAUAAUGUUGUGGACAAAAAUUGCAUCGUAGAGCCUCUGGAAGCUUCAAAGAAUGAUCUCCUUGUGGUACACUCGGAAGCAUAUUUGAAUUGUCUAAAGAAAAGUGCAAAUGUUGCUAUGAUAAUUGAGGUACCUCAUGUUGCCGUAUUCCCGAAUUGCCUUGUGCAGCAGAAAGUUCUCUAUCCAUUUCGCAACCAGGUGGGGGGAACUAUCUUGGCUGCAAAGCUUGCAAAAGAGCGAGGAUGGGCCAUCAAUGUGGGGGGAGGAUUUCAUCAUUGCUCUGGGGAAAAAGGAGGGGGAUUCUGUGCUUAUGCAGAUAUUUCUCUUUGCAUACACUUUGCCUUUGAGCGGUUAAACAUAUCAAGGGUGAUGAUUAUUGAUCUUGAUGCACAUCAAGGAAAUGGCCAUGAAACGGAUUUUGCCAAUGACAGUCGAGUCUAUAUACUGGAUGUGUACAACCCUGGAAUAUAUCCAUUUGAUUAUGAAGCAAGGAGAUACAUUGAUCAAAAGGUUGAAGUAGUGAGUGGAACUACAACAAAUGAGUACUUGAGAAAAUUAGAUGAAGCACUUGAGGUUUCUGUUCAUAGUUUUGAUCCUGAGUUGAUAGUCUACAAUGCUGGAACUGAUAUUCUAGAUGGAGAUCCUCUGGGCAGGUUGAAGAUCAGUCCUGAUGGGAUAACAAAUAGAGACGAGAAAGUUUUCAGGUUUGCUCGUAAGAGGAACAUUCCUAUUGUCAUGCUCACAUCAGGUGGUUACAUGAAGUCUAGUGCCAGAGUUAUAGCAGACUCGAUAACCAAUCUCUCGAACAAAUGCCUUAUAGAUACAGGUAAAAACAUGACUGCCACAUGA